GUUGCUGGCUUUUUCUGGAGCUGCUCGCUUGCAGCCAGAGAAGCUGCUUUUUUUUUUUUUUUUUUUUUUCCGGGUUCUGAGCUGUUCCGGAUGCUUUAGGCUGACGGAUGUCUGAUCUCCGGAUAACUGAGGCGUUUCUGUACAUGGAUUAUCUGUGUUUUAGAGCGCUUUGCUGCAAGGGACCACCACCUGCACGACCAGAAUAUGACCUGGUUUGCAUAGGCCUCUCGGGUUCUGGCAAGACCAGCUUGCUGUCAAAACUCUGCAGUGAAAGCCCUGAGAACGUUGUGUCAACCACAGGUUUUAGUAUAAAGGCAGUGCCAUUCCAGAAUGCCAUCUUGAAUGUAAAAGAACUUGGAGGGGCUGAUAAUAUCCGGAAAUACUGGAGCCGCUACUACCAAGGAUCUCAAGGGGUAAUAUUCGUGUUAGACAGUGCCUCGUCAGAGGAUGAUUUAGAAACUGCCAGAAACGAACUGCACUCAGCUCUUCAGCACCCACAGUUAUGCACUUUACCUUUUUUAAUAUUGGCCAAUCAUCAAGACAAGCCAGCGGCUCGCUCAGUACAAGAGAUCAAAAAAUAUUUCGAACUUGAACCACUCGCCCGUGGAAAACGCUGGAUUCUGCAGCCCUGCUCACUGGAUGACAUGGAUGCACUGAAAGACAGCUUCUCUCAGCUGAUAAAUUUAUUGGAAGAAAAAGACCAUGAAGCUAUGAGAAUGUGAAAUUUCAUAACUUCCCAAAAGGCCUUGAACCUAUCACGUUGGUUUCUCAUUUUAAUUUUGUUUUGGUAUCAAGACUAUCAUGGCAUCAGAUCUAUUUUCUCUAGUUAUUUCAGACGCUCAUCUCUGUAGUAAAGUGAAUAUUCUGUAAAUCAGGUAAAUUAUCAUUGGCACUAACUCAAGUACACACUACUGAGGGAGAAUUUAUUCUCUGUUUACCACUAAUUAUCUUUACCGCAUGUCUCUUCCUUCUGUCGUUCUUAGCAUCUCUUCUACACUUUGUGUUAAAAUGGAUAGAAUUCGGCUCAUGGAAAUCAAAUCCCUUAUGAAGAGCUCAGAAAGACUCACAUACUUUGACUCAUUUUUCCUGGGUUUUCUAUUGGAGUAUUGGGUGACUGAGACUCCACAGAUAUGUAUGUCAUUUUCAUGAUCUCUUCAGGAUUUGGGGGCUUUUAAAUUUUAUUUUAUCUCAAUUUUGUUGUUUUAGUUUUUUGUAUACUGACUUAUAGACUAUGAGCAAAAAAAAAAAUUGACAACCAUAAGCUUCAAUUAAUCAUCUUAUCAUAAAGGAAUAUCUGACCACAGUAAAAUUAGCUUUGAGGAACUUAAAGACCAGAUUCACAGUGUUUCCUUGAUUACAUCUGCAAUAUUGCUCCCUUCUCUCUUUUAAGAACAAAGCCAUUGUUUUAGUUGUUGAGAGAGUUGGAGGAAAUUUAGGCACAAUGCAUGCACCACUAGCUACAUUUGAUCAAGUCCUCAAAUAUUUUGUAAUGAAACCAUUAACCUGCAUAAUG